GUGGAGAUUUGCAAACGGGGGACUCUUAGAGGAGAAAGGGGAUGCAAGAGAGCGCCCGAGCACGGUAACUUCAACCGUCCAGCCUUGCAAGGACAAGCUCGGCCAGGCCAUCAGCACCAAGCUGAGCAACGACUGGAAGGCGGGGUUUCGAGACGUCCAUCCUCGCUCUCAGGUUUCAGUGGGGCGGGACUUCCUGUCGGAGCAAUCCCCGUUACCUCCGGAAGAGCCUAGGAACCGAGUCCUCGGACGCUGGCGGUUGAGCAUUGAUCGCGGUGCGCUCGUGCGAGCACCCCCACAAUAUGAUAUGGUACAGCUACAACCCAAAAUGUGGACCCUUGGGAGACUACUUGAUAGAACCUCGUUUGCUUUGAUAAUACCUCUGUUAAGAUAAUGGGAGACCCUUGGCAGGAGUGCACGGAUUAUGCAGUAGUCCUCGCAAGACAAGCUGGAGAGAUGAUUCGUGAAGCUCUGAAAACUGAGAUGAACGUCAUGAUUAAAAGUUCUCCCGCCGACUUGGUGACAGUUACUGACCAAAAAGUUGAGAAAAUGCUCAUGUCGUCUAUAAAGGAAAAGUACUCAUAUCACGGUUUCAUUGGUGAAGAAAAUGUGGCAGCUGGGGAAAAGACAGUCUUGACAGAGCAGCCCACGUGGAUCAUUGACCCUAUUGAUGGAGGGACUAACUUUGUGCAUCGGGGUCAUCUUGACUUGAACCGAAGGAACAAUAUGGUUGUAGCAGACCUUAUUGGUGAAUUGAAGACAGAUCUGUCUGAGACUGGAAUCAUCAACUAUUUAUCAAGCUGUAGAACUCUCAGAUUGUUCUCCAACACCAUGUCUGCCCACAAUUUGCCAUGCUUCCUCUCAUGAUGACAAUGAACUGAAACUCUGAAACUGGUUGAAUAAGAAGAUCAUGAAGUAAAUAAUAAUCUAUGCAAGAAGGCUCUUUGGGGUUUGAGCAAGUCCUAAAGGAUCAUCUACUGAAGUUUUUACCAAGAAGGUAUCACAUCUGAAACUGUCUUUCCAUAAAGUUGCCCUACCACUAAACCACCAACCAAAGAGUACACAUGGAGGGAUCCAUGGCUCCAACUGCUUAUGUAGCAGAGGAUGGCCUUGUUGGACAUUAAAGGGAGGAGAGGUCCUUGGUCCUGAGAAGGCUCGAUGCACCAGUAUAAGGGAAUGCCAAGACAGAGAAGCAGGAGUGGAUGGGUUGGUGAGCAGGAGUAGCGGGGGAUGGGAUAGGGUGUUUUCGGAGGGGAAAACAGGAAAAGGAAUAACAUUUGAAAUGUAAAUAAAGAAAAUAUCUAAUUAAAAAAGAAUCAAAUAAGAUAGUUAAUAUCAGAAAUUGUGAAAGUGAUAAACAUUAAAAAGUACGCAAAUAGAUAAUUAGCAAUGAACUAUAUGCAUAUGUUCCAUAAUGAUUAUAUAUAUUUUGGGGGUCUGUUUCUUUUUUAUGCAUGGUUUCAUUGUAUAUGUCAAGAUUUGUGUAUAGGAAAGUGUUUACCACCCAGCCUAAUACUUAUUUCUCUUAAGAGAAAUUAAAUCUUUCUUAAAAAUGGAUUGAAAUUUUUCCACAAAAUAACAAAUAUAAGGAGAUAUCUUUCAAAAUGAGCAAAGAUGCUUUGAACUUUGAAAAAUAAUAUAAUGCAUACUACAUGCAUAUGUAACAGUAAACCAUCUCUUCACUCUCUUAUGAGUGGGAAAGAGGAUAUACUAUGUACAAAAUACACACAUACACACACACAGACACAUACACACACACACACACACACACGUGCACGCGCGCACGCAGGCGUGUGUGUGUGUGUGUGUGUGUGUGUGUGUAUGUGUGUGUGUGUAUGUAUGUAUAUGCAGAAUCAUAUCUGCAAAUACCAAUCCCAGACAUUAUUGCUGAUUCCAAGAAGCACUUGCUGACAGGACGUUGGUAUUGCUGUCUCCUAAGAGGUUCUGCAAGAGCCUGACCAAUAUAGAUGUGGAUGCAUGCAGCCAACCAUAGGACGUGGUGCAGAGAUCCCAAUGAAGAAGUUAGGGCUGAAGGGGUUUGCAACCCCAUGGGGAGAUCAACAAUAUCAACCAACCAGACCCCCCCAAGGCUCCCAGGGACUAAAUCACCAACCAGAGUACACAUGCGGAAACCCAUGGCUCCAGCAGCAUGUGUAGCAGAAAAUGGUUUUAUCUUUUAUCAAUGGGAGGAAAGGCCCUUGGUCUUGUGAAAGUUCGAUACACAGGGGAAUGUAUAUGUUUACCAGACAUAGUGUCUGGGAUUGGUAUCUGUAGAUGGUAUUCUGCAUGCGUGCAUGCGUGCGUGCGCGUGUGUCUCUGUGUGUGUGUGUGUGUAUUCUGUACAUAGUAUAUCCUCUUUCCCAAUCAUAAGAGAGUGAAGAGAUGGAUUACUGUUCCGUUUGCAUGUAGCAUGCUUUCUCAUAUUAUUAUUCAAUGUGCAAAGCAUCUUUGCUCAUUUUGAAAGAUAUCUCCUUAUAUUUGCUAUUUUGUGGAAAAAUUUCAACCCAUUUCUAAGAAAGAUUUAAUUUCUCUUAAGAGAAAUAAGAAAUGUUAGGCUGGGUAGUAAAGCAUAGCAUAGGGGAAUGCUAGCACUCUGAGGCAGGAGUGGGUGGGCAG